CAGAUUUCAACGAAGUUGGUUUCUUUAUAGGUUGCUGAUUCAGCAACCCAAAGCCGGUCUCAAGCAGAGGCUUAUUAAGCUUAUAAACUACUUUAUAAAUAAAAAAAAACUUGAAUUUCUUUCUUCUUUUCAAAGUCAAAACUUGAAUUUAAUUAAAAGAAGCGUACUAAUUUUAAACAAAAACAAGAUGAGUAAAAAGGAAUCCCUGGUUAGCGGAAUAGCUAACAAAUUUCCAACAUACCGUAGAUCAAAAUUUAUCACUGCAUACAGUUGGCAAAUUGGAAAAAUUGAAGAUGAUCGAACUGAAGGUCUAUGGCGAAUCCAUGACAACUUAUACGAUUUUACCGAGUUUAUAGAUCGACAUCCUGGGGGAUCGUUUUGGAUCAAAGAAUCACAGGGUACUGAUAUAACUGAGGCUUUUGAGGCUCAUCACAUUUCCUUGGGUCCUGAAAAAAUGCUCGCAAAGUAUAAGGUUCGGGAGGCAAAAGAGCCUAGAAUUUACACUUUAACCAUCAAAGAUGGAGGUUUCUACAAAACACUAAAGUCACGUGUCAGAGAAAAAUUAAAAGAAAUCGACUAUAAGCCUACCAAAAGAACUGAUCUCAUUCAUUCUGGACUUUUGGCAGCAACAUUUGCUUUUGCGAUCGCAAGUGCAUAUUUUCAAAAUAUUACCUUGGGUAUUUUGGGUGGAAUAUUUCUUUGUUGGAAUACUAUUGCUGCUCACAAUUACUUCCACCGAAAGGAUAAUUGGCGAAUGUACACAUUUAAUUUGUCUUUGAUGAAUUUCCAUUCGUGGCGGAUAUCGCAUGCUCUUUCUCAUCACAUUUAUCCCAAUUCAUUGCUUGAUCUUGAGCUGUCAAUGUUCGAACCGUUCCUGUGUUGGUUACCAAGCACACAUUUUAAAACAAAUUUCCAGCGAUAUUUCUCAAUUUUAGUUGGACCUAUUGUUUACAUGCUAACAUUUUUAAGCCAAAUAGUAAUGAGAAUAGCAUAUUCUUUGAAACGAAGCAACGUGAUGCACUGGCAUGAUAUAAUUGGUCUUAGCAUUCCCUUAACAAUGAUAAUCUGUUCUGAACUGUCGCUUUGGGAAGUGUUGCAGAGGUGGAUGUUUUUAAACUUGGUUGCAAGUUUUUGUUUUGCAGCAAUUGGAUUGAAUGCGGCUCAUCAUGAGCCAGAAAUCUAUCAUGAUGGCGAUGCAUAUCGAGAAGACAGAGAUUGGGGUUUGUUCCAAGUUGACACCAUUACCGAUCGAAGUGAUUUAAAAGGAUCUCAGUUUUUGACUUUGACACAUUUCGGUGAUCAUGCCCUUCAUCAUUUGUUUCCAACUUUGGAUCAUGGAAUUCUGCCUCAGCUUUACCCUGCUUUCUACGAGACAUUAAAUGAGUUCAAAGGACAUUUGCGAGAGUUACGAUAUGUAGAACAUAUUAUUGGACAGCAUAAGCAGUUGCUCAGAAAUAAGCCAAAUAAGAUACCGCCAGGGUCUAGGAUAUGAGAACUGUAUAAUAUUAAGAACUUGAAUAAAAAAAUAUAACACAAGAA